CGGCGGCUCCUUCAGGCAGCUGAAGGGGGAUUUAGGCCCGGAAGAUCCGAGUCCAUCCGCGACGGGGAGAGGGCGAGCGGGGUUGGCGGGGGCUGGAGCAGGGGCGGCGGCGCUCGGACUGUCCCAUCCGCCCCGUAUUGAGGCGCUGGGAGCAGCGAGGCGGCCGGAAAGCGAUGGUGAAAGCGGGGCCGUGAGGGGGGCGGAGCCGGCAGCCCGACCCGCCGUAGCGGCAGCAGCGGCGCCGCCUCCCCGAGCUCAGACCCAGGAAGCGGCCGGGAGGGCAGGAGUGAGCCGGACCCGCCGCCGCCGCCGCCAUGGAGCUCAGAGUCGGGAACAGGUACCGGCUGGGCCGGAAGAUCGGCAGCGGCUCCUUCGGAGACAUCUAUCUCGGUACGGACAUUGCUGCAGGAGAAGAAGUUGCCAUCAAGCUUGAAUGUGUCAAAACCAAACACCCUCAGCUCCACAUUGAGAGCAAAAUCUACAAAAUGAUGCAGGGAGGAGUCGGCAUCCCCACCAUCCGGUGGUGCGGGGCGGAGGGGGACUACAAUGUCAUGGUGAUGGAGCUGUUGGGGCCGAGCCUGGAGGACCUGUUCAACUUCUGCUCAAGGAAAUUCAGCCUCAAAACUGUCCUGCUGCUUGCUGACCAGAUGAUUAGUCGCAUUGAAUACAUUCAUUCAAAGAACUUCAUCCACCGAGAUGUGAAGCCAGAUAACUUUCUCAUGGGGCUGGGGAAGAAGGGCAACCUGGUCUACAUCAUCGACUUUGGGCUGGCCAAGAAGUACCGGGAUGCCAGGACCCACCAGCACAUCCCCUACCGUGAGAACAAAAACCUCACCGGGACGGCGCGGUAUGCCUCCAUCAACACGCAUCUUGGAAUCGAACAAUCUCGAAGAGAUGACUUGGAGUCACUGGGCUAUGUGCUCAUGUACUUCAAUCUGGGCUCUCUGCCCUGGCAGGGGCUGAAGGCAGCCACCAAGAGGCAGAAGUACGAGCGGAUCAGCGAGAAGAAGAUGUCCACCCCCAUCGAAGUGCUGUGUAAAAGCUACCCCUCUGAGUUUGCUACGUACCUGAAUUUCUGCCGCUCCUUGCGUUUUGACGACAAGCCUGACUACUCCUACCUGAGGCAGCUCUUCAGGAAUCUCUUCCACCGCCAGGGCUUCUCCUAUGACUACGUGUUCGACUGGAACAUGCUCAAAUUCGGGGCCAGCCGGGCCGCCGAUGACGCUGAGCGGGAGCGCCGAGACCGAGAGGAGCGGCUGAGGCACCCCCGAAACCCAGCCGCCCGCGGCCUCCCCUCCACAGCCUCUGGCCGCCUGCGGGGCACCCAGGAAGUGGCUCCUCCCGCCCCCCUCACCCCUACCUCACACACUGCUAACACCUCUCCUCGGCCCGUGUCCGGUGUGGAAAGAGAGCGGAAAGUGAGUAUGCGGCUGCACCGCGGCGCCCCUGUCAACAUCUCAUCCUCCGAUCUCACAGGCCGGCAAGACACCUCCCGCAUGUCCACCUCACAGAAUAGCAUUCCUUUCGAACACCACGGCAAGUAGCUGCACGUCUCCCCGUUGGAAGGCAGCACCGAUUCCCGGUCGGGUGGCUUCCAGUGGUCUUCAGUCUGUGGUGCACCGAUGAGAACUCUCCUUUUUGCUGUGAAGGGCAGACAAUGCAUGGCUGAUCUCCUCUGUUACAGUGGCUUUCCUAGUGACACGCCCCCCGGUCUAGAACCGAAAUGUUAACACCGGGAGCUCUCCAGGCCGCCCAGCCAGCGACGCCCGUGGGGGAAACAAAACACAAACUAAGCCGGACAGACUCCAAAGCGCUGCCGUCACAGGGGCCGCCCCGCGGACCCCCCACGUGCACUCGGUUGUCACGGGCUGGGAAGAAGAGCAGAGUGAGAGAGACAGUUGCAGAGAGAACCAGACUCCCGCUCCAGAGCCUUUCGGUUCCCCUCCAGUGGCCGUGCGCCCUGCUCCCUGACGAGCCUACUGUAACCACCGAUCUUCUACUUGGUUAAGACAGUUUUGUAUCAUUUUGCUAAAAAUUACUGGCUUAAAUCUGUGUGAAGAGAUCUGUCUUUUUAUUGUUUCUUUCUUGUCUGUUUUUGCGGUCUUAAAACUGAUGUUGACUUUAACGAGCCCUGGAACAAAGGCUGGUGUGGAGUUUCUGUGUAGGGCAGAGCUAGUCAGGGAGCAGAGCGCGCGCAGGCGCCCGUCCUCUGCUUUGUGGUCCCUUUGUCGUGUGGUCCGCUGUGGAGAGGGGUUUUCUCACCGGAAGUGCUGUCCCGUGUAGACGUGUGUGUAAGUGAUGUGUGUGUGUCGUGUGCCGUGUGUCCUGUGGCCUCAUUACGCUGGUUUUGCUGUCACUGUCCCUUCCCCACCUACGCCAGAUCGCCUGCGCGACGUGGUCCUCAGAGCGGUUAGCGGGCGCCGCGCACCGGAGUCCCCCGGACGCGGCGAGAAGGAAGCCAAGCACGGAAGACCUCGGAAGCCAAGGCUUUUUGCAUUGGGCGUUGCUGGUCCCCCUGGAGAGGAUUUUGAACCAAGAGACAUCAGGCCCCUCCUUGGGGUCACGUGUGGUUAUUUUGGUGGUGGUGUUGCCUCAGUGUCUUUGGAUUUGGGAAAUUUUCUAAACCGACUGUAAAUGUGAACAGUGUAGAUUGGCCCUCGCUAUGUGCAUGAGUCUGUGUGCUCAGAACCCAGGACGCGGCCGUCUGCGCUGUGCCAGGCUUAACCACAGCGGCCUCGGGCCCCAGGGGAUCCACCCUGAAGUGCCAAGAAGCUGGUGACUCGGCUGGUCGUCCAGGAGGGUGCGGCAUCACACGCUUUCUUCCACGACCUUCCUUGGGACGUAGCGAACCCCACAGGGGUCAAGAAGCAGGGCGGGGCUGAGUCUUGCAAGAAAGACCCUCGGGGCCACUGGGCCGCGGGUGGUUUUCCAGGACGCUCCCUCGUUUUGUAGCAGGCAGCGGCACCAGGCGGUGGUGGCAACCAGUAGCCAGGAGUGUCCCCCCCCCCCCCCCGCCGGCCCCCCUGUUGUGGGAAACAAGGUGCAAUAAUUGGUAUCCGUGGGUACGUCCACCUCUCCUCCUGUCACCCUGCUGCAGAGUGCUCUGUUUGGAGACCGGGGCGCUCGCAGCAGGUGAGGGGCCUGGAGGCGUCCAUGUCUGUGUUUCUCCCCUUCCUGCCUCCUCGGGCCCCUAGCACGGGAGCGCCGGUCCCAGGACACCCCGACUGGUGCGUGCUGACGGCACAGAGCGUGGCUGUUGGCUGCUUUGGGAAGUCCUGAGCGGGCUACUCUGUGUUUUGGGGUGCAGGGACCUGGCCAAGUGGGGCUGUGUUUCUGGGAGCGCAGUGCGAGCCUGGGCGGGUCAGGGCGAGUUGGGGGCUUUUGUUGUGACCAGGAUCCUCUCCAGAGGUGGGCCUGCCCCUGCUGGCGAGGCGUUAGCAGCUGCAGCCCCCGACGGAGUGCUGGAGACGGCUGGGCAGCCUUCCCUCACUGCGCAUCUGGGCUUCGACCUGAAAUUGCUAGAUGCUUGUUUGAGAGGUGGGCCCAGACCCUGGGCCCUCAGCUGUGCGGCCGGCCGUCUGUCCGUCCGUGCGUGCACACUUGCUGCCCUCCCACUACAGGAAAUGUAGUUGGCACGUCUGUAUCAACCUGUGUAUCGGUGGCCAGUCUCUGACUCGGCACAUUUGUGUGAUCACUGCAUUUAUGUGCUUAACCACCGUGUAAAUAAUAAACCCGUGAUGACUUUUACCUUUC